UCCAGGUGCGGCCACGGGCGACAGAGAGGCGACACUGCCCGCGCGAACACAGCAACGGAGGAGACGAUGGAAGACAAGCAGAGCCAGGUGCUGAACAUUGAGCGGGUGAAGGCUCUGGAAGCCUGGCUGAAAGCGACAAAUAUAAAGCUGACACAAGUCAACGGCCAGAGGAAGUAUGGAGGACCACCUGAGGUGUGGGACGGGCCCACCCCAGGGGCCCGCUGUGAGGUGUUCAUCAGCCAGAUCCCACGGGACACAUACGAGGAUCAGUUGAUCCCCCUCUUCAGCUCUGUGGGGCCCCUCUGGGAGUUUCGACUCAUGAUGAACUUCAGCGGCCAGAACCGCGGCUUCGCCUAUGGGAAAUACGGCUCUCCAGCUGUAGCCACCGAAGCCAUCCGUGUGCUGCAUGGUCACGUGCUGGAGCCAGGCUUGAGCCUCAGCGUCCGCCGCAGUACAGAGAAGAGACACCUCUGUAUCGGAGACCUGCCAGCCUCUACCAGGCAAGAGGAUCUACUGCAGGCUCUGCGAGCGCUGACAGAGGGGGUGGAGAGAGUGUCUCUGAAGGCCGGGCCUGGUAUACAGGGGGUGUCUGCCAUAAUCGCCUUCUCAUCCCACUAUGCUGCUUCAAUGGCAAAGAAGAUGCUGGUGGAAGCAUUCAGGAAGCAGUUUGCAUUGGACAUCUCAAUCGAAUGGAAGACUACAGUGAAGCCGAUCCACGAGGACCCACUGUCUUCAAACAAACCUUUGAAGAGCCCCCUGCCAACACCCCUGCAACCUCCGCGACACACCCUGAACUCUCGACAGCCCUCAGCUCCGCCUCCUCGCCAGGCCUGCCCUCCAUCUGCCCCCCAGAGUUUCUGCAGAGCAGUGGGAGGACCCACUACACCCCAGCAGCCCCCCCAUACCUCCUCCACCUCCUCCUCUUCCCACCAGGGGCAUCUUGCAUCUACAGCCUCCUCAUUAUCCUCCCCUGUGAUGCUCCUCCAUAGGCUAUGCGAGGCGACUGGUUUUGGCCAGCCACUCUAUGAGUUACAGCCCUGCCAUGCUGGGCCUGAUGGAUUCCUCUACUUUACCUAUAAGGUGCAUAUCCCUGGGAGAACCUCGGCCUUCAAAGGGGUGGUUAUGAUCUUGCCGGGAAACGGUGCCAACAACAUUCUGGAUGACGCCCAGCGAGCUGCAGCCCAGCAGAUUCUGCAGAAGGUGUACAAUAACCAGCUCGCCCACUGACAAGCUCAUCAGUUAGCAAAACAGUACACAAACAUCACAGCACUGUUUGUUUUGUAAAUGAUGUUAUGUACAAAAAAAGAUGUUUGAUCUUGUAUGUAGUUUUGGUGAUUUUGCAUGCUUUUAUUAUAGUAGCAGACUUGUUUGUCUUGUUUGAACUUCUGUGCUUUGUUUUAUGCAUGUUUUUUAGUGUGUGUUACUGUUGGAUUGGUUCCUC